AUGUUUAGAAAUAGCCAUCAUGACCUUCCACCUUGGUCUGUCAGCAUUCUUCCUGAUUGCAAAACCGAAGUUUUCAACACCGCAAAGGUUGGUGUAAAGAGCUCCCAAAAAGCGAUGAUUCCGACAAACAUUACAUUUGAUUGGAAAUCAUACACCGAAGAUCCCGCCUUCUCUAGUGAAGACGAUCCUGUCACAGCAGAAGCACUUUGGGAGCAGAUCAACAUCACUCGCGAUUCUUCAGAUUAUUUGUGGUAUUUGACAGAUGUCAACAUUAGUCCUAUUGAAAGUUUUAUAAAGAAUGGUCCGUCUCCUAUUUUUACCGCAAACUCAACAGGUCAUGUUCUACUUGUUUUUGUUAAUGGACAACUUUCAGGAACUGUAUAUGGAGGAUUGGAUAUAUUUUAA